AAACCCAUGUUGCUACAUUGCUGCUUGUCUGAGGAAGACGGGAGGGGACGAAGUCGCCGCGAAUCGGAGCACCAUCUCCUCUUCGGUUGGUUGGAAGAUUCAGAACGAGUAGAAUCUCUCCUUUUUCCUCUUUUCAUCCGAGGAAGGUCCGAGAAUGGGGUUCGCUGUCGCAGCGACGGCGGUCAAGCCCUUUUUAUUGAUAAGAGCGAACCACUCGACCGCCCUCGACCUUUCCUCCGAUCGUACCGGCGGUAGUGUCUCCCGGUCGAAGAAGAACUUUGUCUUCGUCGUAAAUCCUAGAGGUGCUAAUGGAUGUACUGGAAGGGAAUGGAAGAAACUUCUGCCCUAUCUGCGCACCCGGCUUGGUGAACACUGCAACAUAUACGAGUCUAUUACAUCUGGUCCUUUGCAUGGCGUGGACAUAACAAGGGAGGCAAUAAAGGAGGGAGUAGAUGCUGUAGUUGCUGUUGGAGGUGAUGGUACACUUCAUGAGGUCAUCAAUGGUUUCUUCUGGGAGGGUCAACCAGUGGCAGCUCUUGGACAAGGGCUUAAACCAUCCACCACACUUGGUCUCAUUCCACUUGGAACUGCCUCAGAUUUUGCUAGAACAUUUUCGUGGAGAAAUGAUCCAAAUGAAGCAAUUGAGAGAAUUCAAAGAGGAUUGAAAUCUAAACUAGAUGUUGGAAUUAUUACCGGUCAGACUGGAGAACAUCAUUUCUUCAUUAAUGUUGCAGACAUUCACUUGAGUGCAAAGGCAGGUUAUUAUGCUUCUAAAUACAAAGGUUUUGGAAAUUUUUGUUAUGUUUUGGGGGCUUUAAGGGCUUUCAUAGGGCAUGAAAGUCGGAACCUGAAAGUCAAGAUAGAUGAUGGGCAGUGGGAGGUAUUCCAUAAUGUCACUGCUAUCUGUAUAGGAAAUGGUAAAUAUUUUGGAGGUGGGAUGAAGAUAACCCCAACAGCAGAUCCAUCUAGUGGAAAACUUGAGGUUGUGAUUCUCCAAGACUUUAAGUGGUAUGACUUCGUUUUUAAAUUGCACAAACUAUAUAAUGGAUCACAUAUAUCAGAGAAAAAUGUAUGUUUGAAAAGUGUAAAGUCAAUUGAAGUAGUUGAGGAAAUUUGCAAAGGUGACAUCUAUUACCAAUCUGAUGGAGAACAUUUAGGAUUUCUUCCUGCAAAAUGUUCAAUUCUACCAGCUGCAAUCGACUUCUUCUGCUGACAAGAUCCCAUCUGCUCUUUGUUCCAUUACAGUUUUUUAGCUACUUUAUUUUUUUAAAGCAUGCAUAGCUUGCAUUCUCUGGAAGUAUUUAUUUGCCUGUAACUGCAGAUUUGCACUAUUCUACAUGGUUGGUAUAUAUUUUCGUGUGGGGUUUCAUAGAACA